AUGAGUACCAUACUAUUACAGACCCUUGUUGAUCAUGAUAUCCAAGAUCGAAUUUUUGGAUUAACAGCAGACAAUACAUCAAACAACAGAACACUAGUUGAUUCUCUACAGCAGGCUUUGCCUCCUGAUGUUAAUAUCAUCCGGACCCCUUGUCUUGCAUAUAUGAUCCAAUUAAGCUUGAAACAGCUUCUUGAUUGUCUUAAAGCUGCUCCACUUAAUGACACCACUGAGACUAAGUGGACUGAGAUGGCCAAAAGUCUAAAGCAAAGCCAGUUCGAGAUGAAAUCACUUAAUAUCUUGACAGUGGAUGAGAGAUCUGAGGAUGUUGAAUCGGAUAGUAUUAGCGAUACUAAAGAGCAAGCUAUAGCAGAUUCUAAGGAUCUUAUUGAUGUGAUUACUGAUGAUGAUGUUGAUGACGAUGUUGAUAAUGAUGUUGAUGAUGAUGUUGAUGGUAAUCAUGUCUCUGCUAAUACUCAUACUGUUGAGCUACCACUACCAGAGUUUGGUCCGCGGAUACGUACUUCUGGGAGGAAGAGAAAGAUCACUUUAGAUGAUGAAUUUGAGACCUACUAG